AUGGAGGUGCCCAAAGCCCGGGGAGCAGGCAGAUCUGGCCCUCGCCGACGGACAGGUUGUCUGACGUGCCGGGCUCGCAAGGUCCGCUGCGAUGAGGCAAAGCCGAGUUGUUCAAAUUGCGAUCGCCUUCGCCUUCAUUGCGCCUACAAACCGCCUAUCGCUCUCGGUAGCCCGUGGUCAGCCUCGACUCGAAUAACCCAUAACCGACACACGAAUGCUGUUGCACACACGAUAUCGCAAGCCGGACCAGCACCGGCGCUGGGACUGACUUCAGCGGCGGCCGUCGUCGCGGCUGCCUCGCAGCGUUCGCCCGACAUCAAUUUCUUUAAUACCGUGCUCCGCUCGGAUGAGCAUCAUCGUACCAUCGCCGCGCAGGCAGCGCCAGUGCGACGGCUACCUACAGACCCCGAUUCAUACCCGCCGGAAUUGGGAGGCUCGUUUGAUAUUCUCGGAUUCAUGGGAGGGAUUACAUCUGAGUUGGAGCAGAAGCAUCUUGACCUGACGAGUGGAUUGGCGGCAUUCACGACCAGCCAGACACCCCAACCGCUAGCAGCAGGUAUCACAGGGACUACAUCGGAAGAGGCGCAGCUUGUGGGCGAGCGACGCUCACCACUAAGUCCGGAUGGCUCAGCUUCGUUGGUAGACGGAGUUUCCAUUGGCAGUGCCUCAGAUGCUGCGACUACCCGCAGUAGCUGGCCUGAUCCCGGUAGCACUACGUAUGAGGAGCAGCUUCUCCAACAUUUCUUGGCGAUUGAUCCCCCGGCAGCGAUAUUCGGGCCAGUGACAAUGGAGUGGAAAUAUGUUCGGCCGUCGAUCCUCGCUCAUGCGCGGGAGUAUGGUCCGCUAUUGAAUGCGCUAUAUUGUUACUCGGAUAUAAAUAAGGCUAUGAUGGAAGGGAAGCGAUGGCGAUGGGCGCCUACGUACUACCGAGUAGCCAGCUCGGAGAUUCAGGCGUGUCUUCUUGGGGACGUGACUGACACGACGUUGGUCAAAGUCUUUGCAACGGUGUUCUUCUUGAUGCUAUCCGAGUUAUUCUCAUCACCCGAGCUUUGUGCUCCAGGCACAUCAUAUCUCCAUUCUGCUUAUCUUCUACUCCAAAGAUUCAGUGAUCGCACUCAAGCCUGGACUGGACUAGGGCAUUUAUUGGUAUCAUGGGUUUCACUUCUUGACGUGAAAUCACUUAUUGCAGGCCGCGAGGGUGACCCAGUGAUUGGACUUGGCCACAUAUCUGAGCAAGAGCCAAUGGGAAGGAUACCAGAGCAGCCCCAAGCAACAACUCCUACCGAAGAACGCAAGGAGAAUGGUAGCGAGGACCCAUUCCGCAGCCCUGGCUAUCUCGUUUACGAGGCAAUCGUCGACCCCGCAUUUCGUUUCUUUGUGAAAGCCCAACAGAUUGUCCGGCGCAUUGUCUGCAUUGACCUCCACCAUCGCAGCCGGGGCACGCUCAGCGACGAAUUCGAAGUCCUCCAAAUAGCGCACAAAGUGGGCGCAGACCUCGAGACCCUCUGGCACCGCCGACCCUCUGUCAUCGAUGUGUACGGUAACCCAGAUGCCUUGACUGAUACACUAUGUGCACCUGUCGCCCAUGAAGUCUGCCGUACUUUCAGGCAAUAUAUGGCCACUUUUCUAGCAAACUUUAUCUACCUUCACCGCGUGGCAUUCGCAAUCUAUCCCCGAACCGACCGUGUCAAUGGCGCGGUUGACCAAAUCAUCCAACUCGCCACAGUCGAAUCUGCGGGUGUGGAAUCAGGACAUCUGCCGGUUAGCUUUCUAUGGCCAUUAUUUGUUGCGGGCCUGGAAGGCUCUCCCGAGCAACGGCAGUGGAUUGUGCAAGAAAUGCAGCGUAUGACCGCAAACCUUGAUUCAGACCCUGCUUCCUCCGUUGCCUGCCAUCCAUCUGCGGAGAAAGUCAUCGUAUUAUUGGAAGAGAUGGCGAGGAGACAGGAUGUGUCGCGGUCAUGGGCGGACUCGCGGUGUGUACGACAGGAAUUGUUUACGGAUUUCUUUUUCAUGAUAUAA